CUGCCGCGCGCGUUUCAGUCGCAGUUUUGUUUUGAUUCCGCGCGUGUUUGUUGUGCAUUCGCCGGUUCGAUCGUCGUCGUCGUCGCGUUUGAUUUGAAAACGUUUUGCGAGGUUUUUAAGGUGUUUUAAAUUUGAAUCGUGGUUCCCCGUUUAGCCGCUCAAAAGAUAACUCAAGAUGCCAAAGCCAAAACCAAAGGCCAAGAAAGCUCAACCCGUGGAGGAGCCUCCGGCGAAAAUGCACAAAGGUGCCCUCACCGUGGCCCAAAUCAACGCCGAUGAGUUGACCUUCCUGGCCAACCGGUUCUGGGCUCCGGACACGGCCGGCAGUCACGAGGAGUACAACGCUGGCAUCAUCGAGGAAAUUUAUCGGCGGGAGAUUUGUGAGUCGCGCUACUCGAUGCGUCGGAUCAUGAUGUUGGAGUUUAGCCAGUAUCUGGAGAAUUAUCUGUGGCCAAACUUCCGCGGUGAGGUGGCCUCCCGGGCGCAUCUGAUGUCGAUCGUGGUGAUGUUGAACGAGAAGUUUCGCGAGAAAGUGGAAGUGUGGAAAGUGUUCGAAGUGAAUGGGGAUCAGUUUGCGGUUUUCUUCCAGCGGGUGCUGGAAGCGUGUCUGGAAGACACGGUGGUCAAUGCGUUCAAUAUGCGUGAGCAAACGGCGCUGUUGGUGUUCUUGAAUCAUUGUUUCAAUAGUAUGGAGGUGGAGCUUUGCAGGAAUCAGGCGAAACGACUGGUUUCGCUUGCGAUGUGGUCAUGUUUGCAGCCUCGUCGUCGAGAGCAGGAAUUGAAAGAGAUUCCUGAGUGGCGCAAGUUUUGGAAGAAGCUCCAGAAGCGAGACAAGGCCACGGAUAAGGAACGCCUCGAGUGGGAGAGGCACUUUUUGCAGAAUCUAAUGAUCAAGUUUAUGAACAUUUUGGAAUCGAUUCCGGAGGAAGGAGAGGUAUUUGAAGAAACGGUGCGCUAUUGUGAGCGGUUUUUGGAGUUCCUGAUUGAUUUGGAAGCGCUGUUGCCGACCAGACGGUUCUUCAAUACAGUGAUGGAUGACUGCCACGUGGUGGUGAGGUGCUCGAUGGCGCCGCUUUUGCAGCGAAACGAGGGAAAUCUAUUUGCACAGCUUCUGGACAUGCUAAAGUUCUACGCCCGUUUCGAGAUCAACGACGAAACCGGCGACCCGUUGACCGACCACGACAUGACCCAGAUCCACUACUCCAAGAUCAAAGCCCUGCAGAAGGCCGCCUUCGCCAAGUUUCCGGACCUGCGGUUGUUCGCCCUAUCCAACGUGGCCAACGUGGAUACCCGUGAGUCGCUGGAAAAGCACUUCGGUGCACUGGACGGUAAGAGUCUAAAGGAGAUUGCUUGCUACCUGAACUUGGUACCGGAGGAACUGGUGGCACCCUUCGAUUGGCACCGGCUGGACGAACCGUUCCUGAGGGAACUUUUGAUUUCGCGCCAUGAGCGGAGGGUUUCGCAGCUGGAUUCGCUGAACGAGAUGCCGCUGUACCCGACGGAGGAGAUCAUUUGGAAUGAGAACAUCGUCCCCACGGAGUAUUACUCCGGGGAAGGGUGUUUGGCACUUCCGAAGCUGAAUCUGCAGUUUUUGACACUUCACGAUUAUUUGCUACGGAACUUUAACUUGUUCCGUUUGGAAUCGACCUACGAAAUUCGCCAGGACAUCGAGGAUGCCGUCAGCCGUAUGCUUCCAUGGCAAUCGGAGGAAGGUGAAGUCGUGUUCGGAGGAUGGGCCCGGAUGGCCCUUCCGAUUCAGUCGUUUGCAGUUGUGGAGGUUUCCAAACCGCACAUCGGCGAGAAGAAGCCUUCGCGAGUUCGGGCGGAUGUCAGCGUUACCUUGAACGUUCGCAAGGAGAUCCAGGAGGAGUGGGAGAACUUGAGGAAGCACGAUGUUUGCUUCCUGGUUACGGUGAGACCGACGACCCCGAUUGGAACCAAGUUUGAUUAUAAGGAGCACUUUGUGCCGCAAGUCGGACUGGUUCAUGUCCGGGGAUGUGAAAUUGAAGGAAUGUUGGACGCAAACGGACGAGUCAUCGAAGACGGAAUCGAACAGAGACCGCAAUUGUCCGGUGAGCAACGUAAUUUCCGCGUCUGGUUGGAUUCCAACCAGUAUCGGGUGGACAUGGAUAUGCUCCAGACUGGCGGAGAUGACGUCUACGAGGGUUUCAACAUAAUUAUGCGUCGUAAACCGAAGGAGAACAACUUCAAGGCCGUCCUGGAGACUAUCCGGCACUUGAUGAAUACGGAGUGCGUAGUUCCGCCUUGGUUGCAUGAUAUCCUCCUGGGAUAUGGUGAUCCAGGUGCAGCACACUACAGUCGCAUGUCAGAUCAGGCUCGAGUUCUGGAUUUCAAUGAUACCUUUAUGGACAUUGAUCACGUGAGGGCCAGCUUUCCGGGCCAUGAAGCGGUAGUAAAAGAAACGGAAUCCAGUAAGCUGGUGCGUCCUUUCCGCUUGACGUUCGAGGAUGUUCCGGAACAAGUCGAUAGCAGCGACGAGGAGGAGGACGAAAAGAAGGUUGAGCUACCGAAGAGGAUCCUGGUGGAACCGUACACGAUUCCAAAGCGCGGACCAUACAAGUACAAUGAACCGAAGAAAAACGCCAUUCGUUUCACACCAACCCAGGUGGAAGCCAUCAAGGCCGGUAUGCAGCCGGGUCUGACACUGGUGGUAGGUCCUCCCGGUACCGGUAAGACCGACGUGGCUGUCCAGAUUAUCUCCAAUCUGUAUCACAACCACCCGAACCAGCGAACCCUGAUUGUGACACACUCCAAUCAGGCAUUGAAUCAGCUCUUCGAAAAGAUCAUGGCCCUGGACAUUGACGAACGGCAUCUGUUGCGUUUGGGUCACGGUGAGGAAUCGCUGGAAACCGAGAAGGAUUACAGCCGCUAUGGUAGGGUAAACUACGUGUUGUCGAAGCGUAUUGACCUGCUUGGUCAGGUUCAACGGCUUCAGGAUUCGCUUGGAGUUGUUGGAGACGUGGCUUACACCUGCGAAACUGCUGGUCACUUCUACUUGUACCAGAUCAUUGCCCGCUGGGAGAAGUUCCUCAGCGAGUUUGAGGGAAGCAAGGAGUACAAAAACGCUGCCGCUUUCGAAGAAGAGUUCCCAUUCACCAAGUUCUUCCUAGAUGCUCCGCAACCACUGUUCCAUGGAAGCACCUUCGAAGAGAACAUGGAGAUUGCCCGUAGCUGCUACCGUUACAUAUCGCACAUCUUCACAGAGUUGGAGGAAUUCCGAGCUUUCGAGCUGCUUCGCAGCGGUUUAGAUCGCUCGAAGUAUCUAUUGGUGAAGGAAGCCAAGGUCAUUGCCAUGACUUGUACGCAUGCGGCUCUGAAACGUAAGGAACUGGUCAAUAUGGGAUUCAAAUAUGACAACAUCUUGAUGGAAGAGUCUGCCCAGAUUUUGGAGAUCGAAACCUUCAUUCCGCUGCUACUGCAGAACCCUAUGGAUGGCUACAACCGUUUGAAGCGUUGGAUCAUGAUUGGAGACCACCAUCAGCUUCCUCCGGUUAUCAAGAACAUGGCAUUCCAGAAGUACUCUAACAUGGAACAGUCCCUCUUCACCAGGUUGGUUCGUUUGGGAGUUCCCACAAUCGACCUAGACGGUCAAGGUCGUGCCCGUUCCAGCAUCUGCGAGUUAUACAAGUGGCGCUACUCCAAGCUCGGUGAUCUAGAUCAUGUCACUCAGUGGCCAGAGUACAUCAACUGCAAUCCGGGUUUCGCCUACGACUAUCAACUGAUCAACGUCGAGGAUUUCAACGGCGUCGGCGAAUCGGAACCCAACCCCUACUUCUAUCAGAACCUCGCCGAGGCCGAAUACAUCGUCGCGGUCUUCAUGUACAUGCGCCUGAUCGGCUACCCAGCGGAAAAGAUAUCGAUCCUAACCACCUACAACGGGCAGAAGCAUCUGAUCCGGGACGUUAUCGACGCCCGUUGUGCCGACAAUUCUCUCAUCGGAAAGCCCCACAAGGUUACAACCGUGGACAAGUACCAAGGUCAACAGAACGACUACAUCCUGCUGUCCCUUGUUCGUACCAGAACGAUCGGCCACAUCCGGGACGUUCGGCGUCUGGUCGUCGCCAUGAGCCGUGCCCGACUCGGAUUGUACAUCUUCGGUCGGGUGUCGUUGUUCAAAAACUGCGUUGAACUGCAACCGGCCUUCAAGUUGCUCACCAAGCGUCCCCUACAGUUGCACCUUCUUGCGGACGAAACCGUCCCCUGCUCCAGAAAGAACACCGAACUAAUCGAGAAAAACAAACCUCACGUCAUUUCCGACAUGACCGAAAUGGCCCAGUUUGUGUACAACUUCUACAUGACGAAGGUCAACGUGAUUCGUGACGAAAUGGAGAAGAUGAAGGAGCUGUACGAACAGCAGCAGAAGGAGCUGGCUGCCAAACAGCCACAAGAGGAUCAGGAAGCGAUUGCGGCAGCCAAGGCCGCAGCGGAAAAGGCCCAGGAGCAGCCGAAGGAGUUUGUUCCGACGCCGAUUUGCAAUGAAGUGGACAUGAUGGACGAUUUGCACCAGCAGGCGAUUUCGAAGAAACGCUCCAAGAAGAAGGGUGGCGCAAUACUUACUAUUCCGAAGGCGGUUUUGGUGAAGGAGGUUGUGGUCGAGGAGAAGGAAGCGGAGGAUGAAGAAGGAAAGGCAGCGGAAGUUAUGGAAACCACACAGGAGGAAACCGAAGCGGAUGAAGAAGUUGGGCAGGAAGGGCCACAGGAAACAGCGGAAAUGGCUAUGGAGGAAAACGAUAACAAUGAAGAAGAGGAAUCAUGAAGAUGAAUAAUACCUAGUGAAUGGCAACAAUUUUUUUCCCUUGAUUAAAGGUAACAUUUAUAUUAUCAUUGAAAACAUUACAAUUUAAUAAUUUCCAAUAUACUACUGAAUCAAUAAAAGUAUUAAAUUUGAUUAUGAAA